UCUUUCAUGGAUCCCCUCUCACUUCUCCUCCACUCACUCAACCCCAUAGCCACAUGUCCUCAAAACCAACACUGUCUUUGCAGCAGCGCUAACCCAAAAACCAGAAAAUAUCAGAUUGAUCUCAACAACAGAGAAGCUCUUUAAUGGCUUCAUCAGCAACAACUAGAGCUUCCUUCACAUUCUACCUCUCCCAGACCCAACUCCCCACUCCUCCAAAACCCAAACCCCACCUCUCCUACCCCUAUUCUCCUCUCCUCCCAAAACCCCUCUCCCUUUCCUCCAUUUCCAGACACCCAAAGCCUCCAAGAUCCCUAGAUGUCUCCCAAGAAGACAAGCCCAUUUCCCAGCAGCCAAUUUCAGAACAGGCUGUUCAAGAACCAAGCUUUUCUCCAGAAACCUCUCAAGAUUCACCCACAGAGGCUGAGAGUUUGGAUAAGAGGAGAUUGGAGGAGAAAUUUGCUGUGCUAAACACUGGGAUUUAUGAGUGCAGGUCCUGUGGGUUCAAAUAUGAUGAGGCAGCUGGUGACCCUUCAUAUCCCAUUCCUCCUGGGUUGCCCUUUGAUAGGAUGCCUGAGGAUUGGAGGUGCCCUACUUGUGGGGCGGCCAAGAGUUUCUUCCAAAGCAAGAGCGUGGAGAUUGCGGGUUUUGCCCAGAAUCAGCAAUUUGGAUUGGGUGGUAAUACUCUCACCUCUGGCCAGAAGGCUAUCCUUAUCUAUGGUGGUUUGUUCUUGGGAUUCUUGUUCUUCUUGUCUGGUUACUUUCUGCAAUAGCUGAGGACUUUAUGUUUUGCACAAUUUGAUGAUUCUCAGUUAGUAUAGAUUUUUGCACUUGUGUUGUUAUGUGAUGAUAAUAAUAGUGUAUGGUUUGGUAUACAGAGAUGUAAGUAAGAUUCAAAUACAUGCAAAAACCAUAUAGUAGUUCUGCCCAUCAGUGAUCAUACAUAGUACUUUUGAAUUUA